AUGUCCUGCUGCCGGGAUUCUUCCUUUGACCCCCUUGUGCCGUCCAUUCUUUUUUUUUUCUCCAGUCCAUUGCCCCCAAACUCUGCUCCGACUCGGUCCGCUUCGGAUCGAGGAUCCCCUUCACUGCGGAACCAGGCUUUCUUGCUGUUGCGGACGCUGUUGCUACGCCAUGCCACCCAGCAGUUUGCGACACAUGCCGCGCAAGGAAGAUCAGUCUCUCGGGACAGCAUCAAGAUUAACGAGACCUCGCUGCACAGAUGCAAUGGCAACACGCCAUGCGCAUCCUGCUCUGCGUCGCAUCAGGAAUGCACCUAUGGGUCCGAAGCUAAUUCGCGCGGGAAGAGCGACCUCAUCCUUGAGGGUGUACUCAGGGUGGAGAAGUUUCUUCAUGAGAUGAAGGCCACCAUCGUCAGUCCCGUCUCCUCUACAUUCCACUUUUCACCGAACCCAUCUCACGAUGGUGUGUUCAAGGGGACGGCGCCGUAUGCCGAUCACCGUCCAUCCGUGGUCUCUCCGGCCCUCCGAUCCGCCUCGCGGGGGUCCUUUUCCGGGUCGCCUCUGAACGAGAUCCAUCACCCACAACGGACCCCCAUCUCGGAGCCGCAGUAUCAGAACAACUUUGAGAAUGCCGUGCUCGACUCGAUGCACACGAGUACCACAGAAUCUGUGCUACAAUGGCCUCAUUUUGACGCCUUUCCGAAUAUGAGGGAUGGAUAUGUCCCCAUCUUCCACCUCGAACAGUCACGGCCCGCGGUAAAGACGCGCGCGACCCCUGUGUACCCCUACGUAACCGCGGAAGACAUUGACGAGAUUAUCGAAUCGUUUGAGCAUACCAUCAACUUUUGGUAUCCGACCAUGUCUCGCGGCCAGCUUGAGCAGGUCCGCAACCUAAUCGCCGAUGGCAUUCCCGAGGGAGACAGCAUUCUUGUCUGUCUUGCGCUGCUCACAAUGGCGCUUGGGUGUGUUGGCCUAGUGACUACGGGACUGGCGAGCACGUCUUCCUUGAGCGAGGAGGAUCGUAAACGGAGGGCUUCCAAGAGGGCCAUGGGUGACAUGUACUUUGACAGUGUCUUGAAGAAGCUGCAUGUGGUGCAUACCAAUGUUGGAAGCACUGCAACCCACUGCCUGUUCUUCACAGCGAUGUACUUUGCCUUCCUCCGUCGUCCGUUGCAGGCAUGGGAAUACAUCAACGCAGCAUCCGCAAAAUGCCUCUUGCUUCUGUCUUACCCGCCAGAGUCCGAGUCCGCGGAAGACCAAGAACGAAUCCGAAGGAUCUUUUGGUCUUGCUACAUCCUUGAGAGUGACUAUCUUGCGGAGCUCUCUGGGCUUCCACAAUCGGGUGUCGCCCGCAUCGAGUCAACAACGCCUCUCCCAGGAGAGUACAGCACACAUAAAGACUCUCAAGUCGAGGAACAAUCCUCCCUCUAUUUCCUUGCCUGCAUCUCCAUGCGCCGCCUCCUCAACCGCGUCCAUCAGCUCCUCUACGCACGCGGAACCGGCGCAGCCCUCGACCACGCCCGUUUCCCCUAUGUCGUUGCGGAGCUGAACCACCAGCUCGACGACUGGCGGGAGGUGCUUCCUCCGGCGUUUGCAUUCAGUGUCGGGUUCAAUGAAGUAGGAAAUAACCAAGGUACCGCGACGGAGCAUGGCGGUUUCCUGCGGCAGAGGUAUCUCACCUGCAGGAGUGUGAUUUACAGACCGUACCUGAUGUGGAUGCUGAGUGGUAUGGCUGGUGGGAAUGGAGCUAGCUCUGAGCUGCUGGUCAACCAAGACGCGCUGAAGAACUGCAAAGCGUGUCUGGAUGCCUGCCUGCUCCAUAUCCUCAAUCUGAGGGGCUUUGGGCAGACAGUCAUGGUCGACACCUGGAUCUGCUCUCUCUCGAUGGCUGGUGCAAUGCUUGUUCUGCUCGCCGCAUGCCGUAUCCCGGCUUUAAAAGACAUGAUUGGGCCGGAAGUGUUGGGGGCUGGCGACCACUUGAAGCAGCUACUACAAGGCUGGCAGAGCACUAUGGGCGAGCCUACGUCUCCGAGCGUCAACCAGGCGAUCCGUAUCAUCAGUGACGUGGACCGCUUCAUUCAGGAGGUCUAUCAGGCAGGAGAUUCCUAUUCCAUGAGGCGGCAUCCAUAG